AGUCCGUCGGCCAUUUUAUUUCGCAAGUAAACACUGGUUGAAAUCGGAAUAACCUUUGAGUCAGACUCACGUUGAAGUUUGUUGUUUCUUUGACGUUUUACACAGUCAUAUUACAGGCAACUGACUGAAGAUGGGUUGUAUUAUUGGCAGCCUUGCCUGCUGUUUUGGUAGUGCAGCAUGCAGUCUCUGCUGUGCGUGCUGUCCUUCCACCAAGAAUUCGACAGUUACUCGAAUUGCCUAUGCCUUUUUGCUGCUCAUCGGGACUGUGGUAGCAGCCAUUAUGUUGACACCAGGGAUUCGAGAACAACUGGACAAGAUACCAAUGUUAUGUAACCCCAAACUGGGGUACCAAAUUGGCUCUGGCAAAGUGUGUGAUGAAGUUGUGGGGUACCUGGCUGUCUACAGAGUAUGCUUUUCUAUGGCUGCCUUCUUCUUCCUCUUCAUGCUAAUUAUGAUAAAAGUCAGCUCCUCAAAGGACCCAAGAUCUGGCUUACAGAAUGGGUUCUGGUUCUUUAAGAUCCUGAUCAUCAUUGGUAUUUGUGUUGGAGCCUUCUUCAUUCCACAAGGAGCCUUCGGCCAAGCAUGGAUGGUGAUUGGGAUGAUUGGAGCCUUCAUCUUCAUUAUCAUCCAGCUGAUUCUGCUGGUGGACUUUGCUCAUGGCUGGGCUGAGAGCUGGGUUGGCAAGUGGGAGGAAACCGGCUCCAGAUGCUACUACAUCGGUCUGCUGUUCUUCACAGGGUUUUUCUACUGUGUUGCCAUAGCCUUGGUGGCAGUUUUCUUCGUAUUCUAUGCCAGUGACGAGUCCUGCAAGUUACACAAGUUCUUCCUGUCAUUCAACCUGGUCCUGUGUGUGCUCAUCAGCAUCCUUGCUGUGCUGCCCAAGAUCCAGGACUACCAACCCCGCUCUGGCCUCCUGCAGUCAUCCGUCAUCUCUUUGUACACGAUGUACCUCACCUGGUCAGCCAUGACCAACAGCCCAGACAAGAAGUGCAACCCCAGUUUGAGCUCCCUGGUCAACUUCAAUGGCACUCUACCCCACACUGAUCCCAACAACGGAAGCUUUGACAAGGGAGUGUUUGACUGGCAGGGUAUCUUGGCUCUCGUUAUCUGGGUUUUUGCUGUUCUCUAUGCCAGUGUCAGGACCUCCUCCAACAGCCAGGUGGGGAAGCUGACCAUGUCGGAGAAAACCAUUCUGCAAUCAGACAAUGGUUCGACUGACUCAACUGCUGAUGAGGAGAAAGGCUCUAAGAGUUGGGACAAUGAGGAAGAUACUGUCGCAUACAGCUACUCCUUCUUCCACCUGAUGAUGUGCCUCGGCGCCCUCUAUGUGAUGAUGACCCUCACCAACUGGUUUGAGCCUAGCUCGGACUUCAAGACUCUGAAUGCGAACAUGGCCUCUGUGUGGGUGAAGAUGGCCUCCAGCUGGGUGUGCAUCCUCAUCUAUGUCUGGACCCUCGUCGCCCCCUGUAUCCUCCCCAAUAGGGACUUCAGUUGAACAACUCACACGGCAAUCCUUGUAAUCUGAUCCAAGAUAUUUUAAGUCGGCAGUUGUAAUAUCUAUCACAAUUCUCAAUAGUGUCUGUAGUUGAGAAUGACUACUUUGUUUUAUUACAUGGUUUCUAAAACCUGUUGAUAGUUUAGGAUCAUUGUUAUUUAUCAGCAAUGUCAAGUAAAGUUGAUAUUUAAUAUUUUGAAAAACUUGUAAUAUUACAGAAAAUGUAAUGUAAAUGUAGGUCUUGACAUUACCAUAUAGUUCAUAUGAACAUCAGUUUAAUGACAACAUUGCUUCAGUCAGUGUCAGUAUGUCGGCCAUGCUGUGAACUGUUUUGACUUGUAUCUAACUAUUUAACAGCUACGUGUUACGCAAGUGUUUGCCUUGCAAUUGUUCCUAUUACUCCUUAGGAGGUAAUUAAGAUCAAGUAUGACAAGAUGUCAGGAAAGACUAUGGUCAGUAGAAGACUAUAUUGGAUCUCAAUCAGCGUUUUUGUGUAACCAUGGUAACAAGGAUUGGACAUAGUCAAGACCAUGCAUCUGUAACAAGUUUUGAUUUAUUCCUUGCUUUGAAAUAAUUAUUUCUUCACGUACCAUAUUUUUUUUCUUUAAUAGAUUGUGAUAAUCAACUGCUGUACAUUUAUUUAAUUGCUUUUUACACUAGUUAUAUGACAUAUAUAUCAUUUGUCCAAUGGAGACUGUUGGAAGAGAAAAGUGUUGCAUUGAGGCAUACAAUGACCUGUUAAAACAUAACCUGUCAUGUUCAUUGACAUGAUUCUGUCACAUGUGACUGACAAAUAGACGUGGUAGGGAAUGUUUUGACCUAUGGAAAAGAAGACUAGUUGUAAAUAUGAAAAUUCUUUUGUCAUAAUAUUUUGUUUAAUGUUGUUCUAGUUGCACCUUUUGUUUGGAUAUGAACACAUGUAUGCAGACAAUAUUAUUCCAGUGAAAACUUCCAAUUGAAUCGUAUCCCCUCCCAGAGCUGUGUCACUAUGGUACAAACAUCAAAAUUUUACACGUUUGUAAAGUGUUUUCAUGUUUAUUAUGCACGGUAAACAAACACCCACAAUGCAACUGAUCUGAUGUACGUUCCAGCGAUAAGCCAGUUUCAAGUUAAAGAGUUAAACUGAAGGCUCAAAUGUGUAGUCUUAUCCUUUAGUAUUUUGUAUCCUUUUAGUUGUGAACUAAGAAAUCAGAAGGUAAGUACCGAGUGCGUUAUUUAUAUGACUGUUCAGUCCUGUUGUAAAUGUCACAAGUAUGUUAUGAUAUUUGAGUUUUUGAACAUAAUGCUAUGUUUGUGUACAUUAACAUAUAUUGUAUGUUAUGUAUUGUGCUGAUUGAACGUGGUGCAUUGUUUGUAAAAAGUGAAGUGAUUCUCAAAACUCACUAAGAUAUUUUAUACAUAAAGCACAAGUAAUGCAGUCCAUGCACAGUCUAAUUUCUGAUUUCUUAACGUCUAUCUGAUGUUGAUAGCACAGUAAAUGCGAACUCUCAUGAAAGCUGGUAACAGCUCAUAUUAUUUUACAGUUUGAAAUAUAUUGUUUGAACGCAAGAUGUAGGAGAAAAAGGAUUUAUUAUAAUGAUCUAAAUGUAAUUGUAUUGGUUUGAGUACUUCAUAUCACAUACUGAAGUUGUUGUAAAGUGAUGUCACAUUUUGUGAUCUUUUGUGAUUUCUGAAUAAACUGUGUAUGAAAAUAUC